CUGGCUCACUUCGCCGAAGCAAGGGCGUGAACACGGAAGCAAACAAACAACGGAAGCAGAAUUUGAAUGCAGCAGCGUUGUGUUAAAUGAAGCAGCACGGCCGUCGGAUAGAGGUGUACCAGAAGUUCCAGUGCGUUCCAACGUUUAUGGUGGUGCAAGAUCGGCCAGACAUAUAGUUGCAAAGAUUUGAUCUGGUGAAAAUAUAGAUAGAACAAGCGAAAGUGUGUGUUGGAGAAUCGCUAACAGCUGCAAAAGUGGCCAUAGCGAGCGAUGUUUAGGAACGAUCGAUCGUGUUACUUGACGCUACUGUGUGCGAUCGCACUAGUCGCCGUACUUAUCAGGUCGACGCAGUGCUGCGAUCUGGACCAAACGCAACACGGCUGCCGGAUAGAUAACGGUCAGUGCACUUGUGCGUUCGGCUGCAAAUCGGAAUUUCGCUACGCCACACGGAAGGAGUGCCAAGAUGCGUUGAAGGGUCGCACCAGUGACAUCUGCAACCGUCAACCGUGCCAGAAUGGAGGAACGUGCACGCAAGUAACGACCAUGCCGCAGUACAAGUGUCGCUGCGAAGGUACCGGCUACUGGGGCAACCGAUGUCACCGAAUGUGUCCCAAACCCGACCAGCUUCCACCGGGCACGAAAUUCCCGCACGAAUGUGUCGUUAUUUAGAUGCACACCCACACUGUUAGUAGCUUCCUUUCGUCACGUUAAAUCAGUAUACAGCACGAAUCUCUUGCGUGGAGAUCACUCUACGUUUAGUACAAUCAUAAGUGUACCAAAAGAACUGGUUCUCUCUAUCAAUCCUCACACUAUCUCUAAAUCCGACUAACGGACAAAACUGCACUGAAAAUCCACGACCACGAGGCCCGAGGCAUUUGGUGACAAACGACAACCUAGCGCCCAGAGAAGCUGCUAGACAAUUUCUCUAACCCGAGAUACUGCCGCCGGGGUAUCCUGUAGGAUAGCAAGAAUGAAACACAAUCGGUAAUAAACAGGUUCUCGUGCAUAACUUAUAGUACGUUUCCAGCGAAUAGUUUGAAUCAAACUGUUUGUUAAAAUAUACCUAUUCUACAAUAAAAAUUCUA